AAGUUACAUGAAAAGUUAUUAAGUAAAUUGAAGAGAACGAACCUGACCUGGUCAGAUCGCUAUCCGAUCUUGCAGCUGAAUCGAUCGCCGUCAGUCUUCAGAAUGGAUCAUAUCCCCGAGAAAAUAAUUCAAAAUUCAACUCUCGAUGUAGCAACUUGAUUUAUCAGAAGCUGAUAUCAAAGUUUAAUUGGGUACAGUUAACUUCUGCAAUGCAUACCUAUGGAGAUCUGUUCAACGUGACAAAAGUAGACUUGAGGUCCACAUUUCUCGAUGAAAAGACUGCAAGGUUCCUGCAAACUCAGAAGUUGAAGUCCUUAACUAUUGGGACGCUCAGGCCAUCAUUCAGAGAGUUGUACACAACUCGGAACGAUAGACCUCGGAAGUUGAAAAUUGUGAAGUUGCUGGAGCGGCUAAUCCAAAGAGGGUCAGGUCAAGGGCUACGUUAUCUGGAUUUAUCAGCAUCCCACACGCUUUUGCAAGAAGGAUGGAUUUCUAAGCUCAGAGUAAUGCUCCCAGCUCUCCGCACCCUCUCUCUAGAAUCUCAUAAAUUUGCGGAAAUCGAGUUCCCAAAAUUCUACAAAAGCUUCCCGAACCUCCAAACACUGGAUAUCAGCAGCACCAACGUCAAGGACUUAGACGGAAUAUCCAAUUUGCGGAAUCUUCGAGUUUUGUGUCUAAGGAAUUUGGAAUUUGAUAACUAUACGGAUAUGAUAGACCUGUUUGGAUUGAGAAAGUUAAGGGUUUUGGAUAUUUCUAGGGAGCGAGAAGACAACUACCGAAACACCAUCAGAUACUUCCUUUAUUGCGAAAAGAUGCUUCCUGAGCUGAAAUUCUUAGAUUGCUCCUCCCUCUUCUUGGAUGCCGAUCUCUACGAAAAACUUACAAGGUCACAUCCUCACCUCCGAAAGAUCUCAGUUCUCGGCUACACUGAAAACUUGCCCCAAAACCCCGAGACCGCAAGGCUUACAGUCCUAGGAACCCAAGGCUUCGACUCCUGCAUCGAAACCUUGACUCACUAUAUAAACGUGAGAAGGGGUUAUCCUGUACAAGUAUGUCUAGGCGAGAUGCUUCGGAUCUUAAAAGAAAUGCACAAGAAGAAUCAGGACUAUGAUGUUAAAAAAUGUGCUAAUUUGCUGGCUGAAGUCACAGUGGCACUUUCAGAAAACGGAGUAAGAUCACAUCCGGGAACUUUUUUGGCACGUCCAAAAGCAAUUAAUUGUAUAGUGGAGUUGGCAAUAAACAAGAACAUAUUUACACUCGGCAUCUCCCAAAUGUUUGACGCUUUGCUCAUAUAUGUCACGGGUCGGUCGACAUUCCCGGAUGUCGAACGUCUUAAGAUACAUUUCAAAAUCAUUGAACAACGCGAACCCGGUAGAUUUUUUGGAUUUCAGCGUCUCAGUACCGAAGAGUUUUUGCACUUUUUGAUGCAGAAAGUUAAUCCCGAGCCCAUGGACCGCUAAUUGUAAAGGAGACAUUAAAUCCCAAUGUAUGGAUUGGAAUCGAGCGUUUGGUGAACUUGCAUCACCGGUGGUGUCCCGAGAAACUUGCCGCGCUUGCAUUGAAAUGUGCCGAACCUUCACUGAUGAAAAAUGUGAUCGAUGCUCGUGCGAUGCGGAUUCUCGAGCGAUGCAUCACAGAGCACACAAUCCAUUUGGUGAUAAAGAGCGUGCACAAGUGGCGCAGUACCAAGCGUCUUCUGAACAUCCUGAGCGCCGCCGUCAGAAAGCAAGAUUGCUCAUUGUGCAUGCCGAUUCUGGAAGCUUUGAUGAAAAGCACAUCGAGUUACGAUAUGUAUUCCUUCGAUUGGCUGGACUAUGAAGAAUUGAAAACCUUAAUUUUUUGCAUAGAGAUUUUUGAUUCGGAGCAAGUGCACAUUGGGAUUCUGCAAGUUAUGAAAAAUUUGAUCAUGGUGCGGAAGUUGAGCUGUAAGAAUAACUCUUUCACAGCCAAUGAGUUCAGAGCUUUCCAAAAACUCCUCAACAAAUGGGAUUCCAACCGUGCCUACCUCGCCGUCACCAUCCUGGCUCUCCUCUUACAAUCCUGUGAACAAGGGCCAGCGGAAUGCGAUUUCUGGGCUCCUGCCAAUGAAGCAAUCGUCAAAAAGUUCCCAUACCUCCUCGCCGCUGAUAUCACCGAAGACACCGAAGCCUACUUCACAAAUGGCAUCGUUUCCCGGGUUCUUCAGAGAACCCACGGCGACGGGAUCAUUCUCUGGGCUCUGCUGGCCACGAAGAUUUUUGCUCAGAAAGAUGCCAAAAACGCCGUGAAAAUCAAAAAUUCAGAGUGUUUCUAUUUUCUUCAUAGUCCUGUAUCUAAAUCUAGCACCGUUAAGAAUGCGUCGGAAAAUAUCAUGUUCUUGAUGAAUUGGUCAUUGUAAUUUUAUAUUUAAUAUCUAAUAUCUAAUAUCUAAUAUCUUAUAUCUCAGGGAGUAAUAUAUAAGGAUCUUUGUAUUUGUUGUAUAAAAGUUUGUAAAUAAAGUUUUAAUCAAUAAUG